GCCAUGCCCCGCUCCUUCCUGGUGAAGAAGCUGAAAGCGGAGGCGUUCCCGGCCGCCGGGGCCCCCGCGCCCCCCUACGCCCCCCUGGAGCCCCCCUACACGCUGCCCGGCCCCGCCGCCGGCGAUGGGUACCUCCAGCACUGCCUGGCGCCAGCCGGCUAUGACACAGACAAGAAGCAAGGCCUGCCACCACCGCCACCAGACCCAGCCUACGCACCCGGCCACGAGGAGUACAGCGAUCCCGAGAGCCCCCAGUCCAGCUUCUCCGCCCGCUACUUCAAUGGGGAGGCGGCAGUGACAGACAGCUACUCCAUGGAUGCCUUCUUCAUCACGGACGGGCGGUCGCGCCGGCGCAGCGAGAGCCAGCGCCGCGGCAGCCACCGUCACUCCUGCCCCGAGUGUGGCAAGACCUACGCCACCUCCUCCAACCUCAGCCGGCACAAGCAGACCCACCGCAGCCUGGACAGCAAGAUGGCGAGGAAAUGCCCCACCUGCGGGAAGGCGUACGUCUCCAUGCCCGCCCUGGCCAUGCACGUCCUCACCCACAACCUCAAGCACAAGUGCGACGUGUGCGGCAAAGCCUUCAGCCGGCCCUGGCUGCUGCAGGGCCACAUGCGCUCCCACACCGGGGAGAAGCCGUUCGGCUGCUCCCACUGCGGCAAAGCCUUCGCCGACCGCUCCAACCUGCGCGCCCACAUGCAGACCCACUCCGCCUUCAAGCACUACAAGUGCAAGCAGUGCGAGAAGACCUUCGCCCUCAAGUCGUACCUCAACAAGCACUACGAGUCCGCCUGCUUCAAGGGCUCCGAACACAGCUGUGCAAUAGGGAACUAGCCCCCCAAACCCCUGUGGCACAUCCCCAUUCCCAGCCUCAUCCUUCUAUCCAAUCCCCUUCCCCAGCUCAUCCCAUGCCCAUCCCUCUUCCUCUGUCCAUCCCAUCCUGUCCCCAUCCCCAUCCCCGUCCCUAUCCUCAUCCCCGUCCCUAUCCUCAUCCCCAUCCCCAUCCCCAUCCCCAUCCCCAUCCCAUUCUGGUCCCGGUCCCUGUGCCAGCACUCCUGCAGCUGCAGCCAGCUGGUUUGCUGCUGUGCUGAGGCUGGAGGACAUGUCCCCACAGACUCACUCCCCAUCUGCUCCCUGGGAAGGGGGUCCCCCACUGUGGGACCCAGCUCCUUUCCCCUGGGUCCCAGAGCCACCCCGCAGCCAGGCAGGUCUCUCUGCGGGGACUCACCUGGGGACCUCUUCCAGACCCAGGAGAGACUUUCCUCCCCUAGCUUGUGAUUUUCACCUCUAUUUAUUUAAUUUAUUACUAUUAUUUAUUUAGAGCUGCUGCUUCUCCUCCUGGGGGAUCCCAGGGGAGAAAAGACACUUUUUUGCUCCCCGCUAGGAGCAAACCCUCCCCUUGACCCUAAUCUUGAUGAGACCCACGGGCUGGUGUUACUGCCGGCUCGGCAGGACUGAUGGCCACUGAAGCUGACAGAGGACAGGGCUGCCAGUCACCCUUGGAGCCUGGGGUCCCUGCAGCCCACCACACAGGGCACCCUGCUGCCCCUUUACCCCAUGGCACAGUGUUCACCCUGGCACUGCAGAUCUCCAGCCCCGGAGCCAGGGGAAGAGCCAAGGGAAGAGCCAAGGGAAAAGCCAAGGGAAGAGCCAGGGGCUUCCAGCAGAGAUCCACAGGACACGUCCUCCAUUGGCUCCCAGCCCAUGGCUUGGCCAACACAACUGGCCCCUGCCACGAUGAUGGGGAAUAGCCCCCCCAGGCAGGUGCAGCCCCCUUCACCACACAAAGGGCUGGGCUGGCAGCUGGGCUGGAGACCCAGCCCUGGGGCAGGUAGUACCCGAACCCCCAGACACCCCCCCAUGUGUCCCCAGCCCCUCCUCCAGCCGGCUGCCGGCUCCCUCGCCAUUGCCCCCCACCUGCACUCAGGAGGAGGGGGUCAGAGUAGCUGUAAAGUUUGGGUGAGUCUAUUUAAAUGUUCUUAUUUAUAUUAUUUAUAACUUAUGCUUUUCACUAUUUAUUUGUCAAGACUGGCCGGGCCAUGCCAGCGCUGGCUCGCAGGAGGUGGCAGAGCUGCAGCAGAGCUGCCGUGCCCAGGACACAGCCACGGUGACACGGACGGGGACAGGACCCCGAGAGCGGACUGUGCGGCGGGCACGGAGGCAGGAGGGCGCGAGCUGGCCCGGCAGCCCAGGCUCCACGUCCUGCAAGCCUCCCCCAAAGGCAAAGCCCUUCUCCUUUGUCUUCCUUGCUGCCACGGGCUCCUGCUUUGCUCCGUGUCCCGCGCCAGCCCAGCGGGGACAAACCAGCCACUCUAUGCAACCUCCCGGCGGAGCGCCCCCGCACCGGCCCCGGAGCCAGCGCCGCGCACGGCAUUCCGGAGCGGGGCCCGACCCGCGCCUCCGCUUCCUACCUCGGGCCGCGAGUUGCCACAGCCCCAUCACCCUGUGUCGGUCCCCAACACUUCGGGACUCAGCCCGGCACGCCGCGGGGCCGCACUCGCGCACCCCCACACCGUCUUCCUGCGCCGUCUUCCUCCCUUGCGCCGUCUUCCUCCCGCUGCCUCGGUGCCUGCGUUGGUCACGGGUUGAGUGGGGAUGUCCCCGUCACGGUCCUCGCUGCCAUGGCACGGUGCCCACACGUCCGCACCCCACAGAGGGGAUGAGCAUCGCCCUGGCCACGCGGGCACCCCGCCGGGUUUUCCCCGCGCUGCCGGCGCCGUUCCGCGGAGCGCGGCGUCCUGAGGCCGGCAGGCUCGGAGCACUGCGCCGCUGCCCCUCUCUCCUGUAAAUAGCAGAUACUACAGCAAUAAUUUUCCGUGCAUGAUAGAUUUUUUUCUGCCAGGUUUUGUACUCGCCAGCCCCAGUAUGACAAGUCUACUGAGAUCCGGCCACCCGCAGUAUUACUUGUAACGCGAUUCAGGGAUAUAAAAGGGAUUUCUGCCACUAA